GCUCGUAUUCUUUCGGCAGUCUCCGGUGCAUCAAGAGAUUUCAUGAAAACAGCCGAUCGGCCGUUCUCUCUCGGAUUUACCCACCUGAUUUUUUUGUGGAAUCCAUUUUUAUUAAAUAGUAAUCGUUAACAUUAGCAGUUAAUCUCUGCUUCGUUCUGGGCACGGUGGCUUUCGGAGCGCGCUCCUUCCCACAGUCGCUCGUUCAUAUUCGGCUUUUGUCGUUCGGCGGAAGAAUGGACGAAGCGGACUCGGCCACGAAGGCACUCGGGCUGGUUGAACCGCCCAUCGGCAUUCAGCCGGGGGAUGACUCGGAUACCGAAUCGGAGGCCGAAGUUACCACGAUGGCCGUGAUGGCCGAACCGGGAAACAUCGAAAUGGGAGCCGAAUCCCUGCCGAACUCUGACGAGGCCGAGGCGGCAUUCGCAGAGGUGACGGCCGUGACGGUGGGAGGAGUUCAUUCUGCAGAGGACAACGUUUUUACCACAACAGUUGCCACGUCAGGAAGUCUCCCUGAACACAUGCUGAGUGGGAGGACCACCCUCCAGCUUGGUGAGGGUCUCAGCUCGCAGAAAGCCACUUUGAUCGUGGUUCACACUGACGGUAGCAUCGUAGAAGCUGCUGGCCUAAAGUCUGCAGCAUCCAUGGCAUCAGGCCAACAGACUCCACCCACCCCGAUGACUCCACCACAGGACAAAGACUCUUGCUCCAAAUACAACUGGGACCCCUCGGUCUACAACAACGAGCUGCCCGUCCGCUGCAGGAACACAAGUGGAGUGCUCUUCAAGAACAGACUGGGAUCAGGGGGAAAAGGUCGCUGCAUCAGACACAACCAGCAGUGGUUCACGCCCACUGAGUUUGAAGGCGUUGCAGGAAGAGCGAGCAGCAAAGACUGGAAGAGGAGCAUCAGAUACGCCGGCAGACCUCUGCUCUGCCUCAUACAGGAGCGUAUCCUCAACCCUCACGCUGCCUCCUGUACCUGUGCAGCCUGCUGUGAUGACCUGACAGGGUGUUCAAAGGAAGGAGACAAUGUGGUUUCAGAAAACAUCAGUAUGACCGGUCCAGUCCGCCUCUUCGUCCCGUAUAAGAGACGGAAGAAGGACAAUGACCUUCCUGUCAGCCCUCCCAAAAAGGAACUUCAAGCAGCCAAAAACAUAACCCUAACGCCGGGAGCCACAUUCACCAUGUCCCCGUCGGGACAGUUCACCACCUCCGGCACCCUGACUUUUGACCGAGCUCCUACGAACGAUGCCUCUGCCGCCGCUGCUGCUGCCGCCAUCAUCUCAGAAGGUUCAGCGCAGAGCGAGGUGUUCGCCAGCACAGCAGUGCUGACGGCGUUACCGGCACUGGCUGUGUCGCCUCAGCCUGUUCAUGCCAAGAUGACAGUGACGACUGCAGCGGCGACAUCUCCGUCGGGGUCGUUGAUGAGCGGGAUGGAGGAAGGGCCUGUAAGUGGGGUGGGGCCCAUGGUUAGCGAAGGGCAGAAGAACACCUGGCUGUACCUGGAGGAGCUGUCCAACACACUGCUGAGCAAUGUCCAGCAGCUGAAGGCGCUGAUCGAACAGGCCAAGAACUCUGCGGCGGACACAAUGGUUGCCAAAGGACAGACAAUCAGAAAGGAGUGCGGUCUCAGUCAGACGUUUCAGAACCAGAUCACGUUUCCACAGCAAGACGACUCGGAGGUCAAAAGGGGCUCUGAAAUCACAGAGAUCAUCAUCAAUCAAAUGUGUGUAAAUUGUGGUCGGGUGGCGAUGAGUGAGUGCACCGGCUGUCACAAGGUCAACUAUUGCUCCGCCUUCUGUCAGAGGAAGGACUGGAAGGAUCAUCAGCACACCUGCUGUCAGUCAGCAGGGGGCGUCACUGUUCAGGAGGAGGAGGAGCCAAUCACAGCUAUGGACAUGGACAAAGUGAAAUGAAAGCAGGCCCCCCUCCCCCCCACACACACACACUGUAUGAAUAAUUUAUUGAAAAAUACAAAUGUUCUGAAGACUUACAAGUCAGGCUGACAUCAGAAUUAGAUCUCUGUUUUCAUGAGAGCUGAACUUAUUAUUUAAAUAAUGAAAUUAACUUUUUUUGCCCCUUCAUUUAAUUACCAAAGCAGCUCCUAGUGGACUCUAAAGGAACCGCAGCUCAAUGCACUAAUGUAAAAACACGUCAAGAUGUUUCAAAGUAUUAGCUCUGCCAUUAACGAUGACUUCUUAUUCAUCAAUAAAAGAUCUGUUUGUUAUUAUCGCAAUAAAUGUAUUUUUUUAAA